AUGCCUUUCCUCUUCGCAAAGCCUGCGGAUACCCCAGGCUCGGCGGUCCCUGCUAUCAUCAUAGGAUGUUUCGUUGCGUUUGGUGGUGUCUUGUUUGGCUAUGACACGGGGACAAUCGGAGGCAUAUUGGCCAUGAAAUACUGGAGGAACCUCUUCUCGACCGGAUAUAUCAACCCCAAGGACAAUUAUCCAGACGUGACAGCGAGCCAGACAUCAGAAAUUGUCUCCAUCUUGUCUGCGGGCACUUUCUUCGGUGCUCUGUUCAGUGCUCCUAUUGCAGAUUUCUUGGGUCGUCGACUAGCCAUGAUCUUCAACACUGGGGUGUUCACCUUUGGUGUUAUUCUCCAGACGGCUGCCACCGCCAUUCCGAUGUUCGUUGCUGGCCGUUUCUUCGCCGGCUUGGGGGUUGGUCUCCUAAGUGCCACCAUUCCUCUGUAUCAGUCCGAGACGGCACCAAAAUGGAUCAGAGGAGCCAUUGUCGGCUGCUAUCAGUGGGCCAUUACCAUCGGUCUUUUCCUCGCAGCGAUCGUCCUUAACUCCACCAAGAACCGUAACGACACGGGGUCUUACCGGAUUCCCGUCGCCGUCCAGUUUGCGUGGGCCAUUAUUUUGGUGGCUGGCAUGCUAAUUCUGCCCGAAACUCCGCGCUUCUUGAUUAAGAGGGGGAAUGGUGAAAAGGCGGCAAAGUCUCUCGCCCGUCUCCGCAGACUUCCCGUGGAUCACCCUGCUGUCGUGGAGGAGCUCACCGAAAUCAUUGCCAACCACGAGUAUGAGAUGGCCAUCGGCACCGCCUCUUACCUUGCCUGCUUCCAGGCGCCGAUCAGGAAGCGACUGUUUACCGGCAUGGCUCUCCAGGCUCUGCAGCAGCUCACCGGUGUCAACUUCAUCUUUUACUACGGCACGACUUAUUUCACCAGCGCUGGCAUCCACAACCCCUUCAUCAUCUCUGUCAUCACCGACGUCGUCAACGUCUGCAGCACCGUUCCUGGUCUGUGGAUGGUCGAGAAAUGGGGAAGACGGCCGCUGCUUCUCUUUGGUGCCAUUGGCAUGUCCGUCUGUCAGCUUAUCGUUGCCAGCGUCGGCACGGCCAGACCUGGUGAGCCGGCCGCCAGCAAUGCCUUGAUCGCUUUCGUCUGCAUCUACAUCUUCUUCUUCGCCUGCUCGUGGGGUCCUUGCGCUUGGGUAGUUACCGGCGAAAUCUUCCCCUUGAAAGCCCGAGCAAAGGGCUUGUCCAUGACUACCGCCUCGAACUGGCUUCUCAACUGGGCGAUCGCAUAUUCCACGCCGUACAUGGUGAAUCCAGGGCCCGGGAAUGCGAACCUCGGAUCCAAAGUCUUCUUCGUGUGGGGCGGAUUCUGCUGCGUCUGCUGCGCAUUUGUGUACUUUUUCAUCUACGAGACCAAGGGCUUGACUCUCGAGCAGGUCGACGAGCUCUACGCGAAAGUCAGCUCCGCUCGGAACUCGCCGGGCUUUGUCCCCACCGUGCGCUUCACCGAGGUCAAGGAUGUAGGCGCACACGAGGCCCGUCGUAGCACCUUGGCCGAUCUCGAGCAGGCAGCGGUUCGCAGGAAGAGCUCAGCUGGCGUCCACGAGGAGUACGUCAAGGCCUGA